AGCAUUAAUUUUUUUUAAAAUUUUAAAAAAUUCAAGCGUAAAGCAAAAGCACAUAUAGAAAUGGAGGCAUCAAAGAAGCUUGUUGCAGUGUUUCUCGUUUGCAUCGUCAUGAUUUCUUCAUCCGUACACGUCUCCAUGGCUGACGGAGAAAGUAACGCAGAAAAAUUCAAAAAAGCAUUUACCGUUGCUGCAACUGAAUACACAGUUUGUUACAAUAUCUGUCAGAAAAUAUGCUCCGAUGCAGGAUUCGGUUAUACACAUUGUGAAAUGAAGUGUGACGAAGAUUGUACCGCUAGAUUGCUCAAAGAGAGACUCCAAAACAUGAAGAAUUAAAGACUUGGAAAUGGACCAAAGGAUGCAAAUGUAGUGGGAAAAAGAGAAUAA